AUGCGUCGGAACCGGAAGUGGUGGUGACGUCACGGUCGCUCUCGUAUUCCCAGCGCAGGACAACAACUGACUGACUGACUGAGGAGACUGAAAACUUUGACAAACUCUCCCGAAAAGCCGCUUUAAAGUUUAUUAAAGUUUCCCUCCGUGAUGCGCGGGCGUGUUUAAAGCGGGCUGGCCGUGUGGCAGAUGUGGACGGGCUGUUAGUGGUGGAUGGAGUCGGGGUUCGGUGUCCAGCGGAGGGCCGGCGGCGGCUCGCCCGCUGUGGGAGCGUCGCAGCGCCGCAGGAAGAUGCCGCCCAGAGCCGCUGAUUAUAAACUGCAGGUGAUCAUCAUCGGCUCCCGUGGUGUGGGAAAGACCAGCCUGAUGGAAAGAUUCACUGAUGACACCUUCUGCGAGGCGUGCAAGUCCACUGUGGGUGUGGAUUUUAAAAUCAAAACGGUGGAGCUGAGAGGAAAGAAGAUCAGGUUACAGAUCUGGGACACAGCAGGUCAGGAGAGGUUUAACAGCAUCACUUCAGCGUAUUACCGCGGCGCAAAAGGCAUCGUGCUGGUCUACGACAUCACCAAGCAGGAAACCUUCGACGACCUGCCUAAAUGGAUGAAGAUGAUAGACAAGUAUGCGUCAGAGGAUGCUGAGCUCCUAUUGGUUGGGAACAAACUGGACUGCGAGUCUGAUCGCGCCAUCUCACGGCAACAAGCUGAGAGGUUUGCUUCACGGAUAUCAGGGAUGCGUUUCUGUGAGGCCAGUGCCAAGGAUAACUUUAACGUGGAUGAGAUAUUCCUUAAACUAGUUGAUGACAUUUUGAGUAAGAUGCCACUUGAAGUCCCCAGUAAAGAGCUGUCCAACAGUGUCCUGUCCCUUCAGCCCGAACCUGAAAUCCCACCAGAGCUGCCUCCACCUCGCAUGCGCUGCUGUUGAGACUCGGUUCAUGCUUUAUUUAGAAACCCAACAGCUCCUUCCCUCUUAUAACCCAACACAUGCUGUUACAGACUCCCGCCACCAGGGGCCCAUGUCGUGACGCCCUCACACCAGUGAUCUUGAGACUCCAGCCCAUAUGGUUGAUGAGAUGAUGGCCAGAGAAGAUGAAAGACAAAACGCUCAAUAUCGCAUUUAAUCUUCCCUCGCUGUAGAUUACGCACAAAUGAUAGACUGUGCAAUUAUUUAUAGUCCCUAAUUUGGUACCUCUAGAUGCCAAUAAAGAACAUCCAUAUCAUCACACACAAACAUGGAUGCAUUUGUUUUUGACAGCCCAUACGUACACUACCUCAUUUCUGGGAAGCACACGAAUGCGUUGAUCUGACACGUGCCUUUCCUAUCGGAUACUGCUGCACACGCGCCACAAACACGCAUGAAAUGAGUACAAACGUAUGUCAUAACCCAUCAACUCCUAUUUAUAUGUAGUUUACAUCAUCUCUUACGCUUAGCAGAAACAAGAAACUACCAUUUAUAUCAGACGAUUGAGACUGUACCCUUGUCUUUCACUUCUCUUCACGUUUCAAGCACGCAUUCGACAUUUCUCAUAGAAAACUUUCCUGGACUCAAAUUAAGAAGGUGUUUUCCAAAUUGAUUUGGCAUUAAAAGCGAAGUGGAUCUACAUUUCAUGCCAAGUGGAAUUCAUUUCUGUCGGCUGUGUUUUUGCGAGGUGGUUUGUUCGGCCCGUUAUUAAUCGCCAGCGUGGUUGGGUUUGAAGUAUAUAAUGUUUUUUUGCCUUAUGUUAUCAUUGUUACUGUUUUUGAGGUGGGCGUCUGUUGAGUUAUCCGUUGUGUUUUGCACUACAAUCCAUUCAUAGCUAGUUUACAAACAGCUAAAAUGCAGAACGUUAGUGAAGGACCUGUGUACAGAAGAUUAACCUUAUCAUUCAGAGUUUUGGUAUUUAGUAGUCCUCUUUCAGUGUCAUAUAACUUGCGUAGAAUAAAGGAGGUCAUUAAUA